CCAACACAGAACCAUCCAAUGGAUAUAAUCUGGAAACAUAGAAGCAGAUGGCGCCAGCUGGAUUGACUGUCAUAUCUAAGAACAUAUGUGGCAGAAUAGCUGACAAAUACGUAGAAUACGAUACAGUGAUUAUUAUAAUCGAUCUGAUUUUACUUAAUACAGGAGCUUAUAGACAUAUUCUGUUCAACACAGAAUUCAAGAACUUCUGGAAGUUGUCAAUAGUCCUUCUAGUGGUUGAGUCUUACUCUAGUUGGGUGAUGUUCAACAAAAACGAAGCUGCUGGUCAAUAUAAUAUAACUGAACCAAACCUUCCUGAUCCUACAAUAUAUCUUGACAGUUUAGAAUUCUAUAAAUUCUGCCUUAAUAUAACACUGAGUGAAGUCAGUUUUGUACUCAUGAUUUACCUACUAACAAGCCUCUGUAGCAGCGUUACUGCCAUUGAGAAGACAUCCUUAAUAAAAAUAAGCAAAGCUAUAACAUUGUCAAGCGCUGGGAUGUUUCUGCUGCUGCCUUCAUUGAUUUGGGACCUACAAGUUCACGAAUACCAUUUGCAGUUUAUUUCACUCUAUACAACUCUUUCACAACUUAUUGCUCACAAAGCCCUUUGUAGCUGUGGGAAGAUAUGGAGUCUCAUUGUGAUAUUCUCAUCAUAUCUUGUGAAAUUGUAUGUGGUGGAGAGGAAUGCAAGAUUGUUGGAGUACCUGUCACAGUGACAAGAUACUUCAAAGGGGAUGGAUUUUUUCAAUGGCAGGAGAAAGAAGGAGUUCUUACCAUAAUGGAGUUUGGAUAUGGGAUGACCAUACAAAUGGUCUGGUAUAUGCAAGGGAUCUCAAAGAUGUCCUGCAUUUACAAACUAGUGGUACUUUGGGUGUUUCAUCACAGACUCCUGCUCCAGUAUCAAAUUUCAAAGAGACUCUUGGGCAGAUGUCUCAGCUGAACUUCCGAAAGUUCUACCAAAGGAAAGUCAAGCUGAAUGAAAAAGAUGUUGUCACCCUGCAGGACAUUAAAGAUGUGGCAAUCUAUACUUACACCGUCUCUCAUUUGAGUUUGGAGUUCAUCAGCUACUUUCACACCAAAGCCAUGGAUAACUAUCUGCGAUCUCUGAUAGUCUAUUUCCAGUUUUAUUUCCAGAUAUGGAACAAACUCCAAGCAAGACGUGCAGAGGGCGCUCGCAAGCUGCGGCAACCAGUGGUUAACACCUUAGAGGACGAAAUUAGAGACGAUCUUUCAGAUCUUCGAGCGAUAGUAGCCAGAAACUAUGCUGUGUUGACGCUGGGCAUUGGAGACGCAAAGCAGUUCCAUCAUAUGAACAACAGGAACAACGUUUCUCUGAGCGACAAGGACAGAAGGAUCUUUGAGACAUUCGUCGUUAUGUCAGAAAGAGUGGUGUACGUUGCUUUGACAAGGAAGUAUCUCAGUUUGAUAGAGAAAGAACUCAAUAGAAUGCUUAGAACAGAUAACUUCAAUCCGAUAAUGCGACAUCAAAAUAUAGCCUAUGUAGCUACUCCUGAAGAGGAAAGAAUACUGUUGGGAAAGGUGUGUGCCACAGAAUGUAAGCUGUACCAGAGAUCUCCUGUCAUCCAGGAACUGAUCUUGGACCAGCACGAUUACAGAAUGCUGGCGAUCGGUGUAGCAGAUAUGGGACAAUAUGACAAUCGACAGAACUAUCUAGAAAUCGCAUAUGCUGCACCAGAAGAGUUACUAGAACCAUUGGGGGUUCCAGUGGGAAUACUUGGGAUACCUCGCAAGUAUUUUGACGCUACACUAAAGCCGAGAGAGUUAUCUACAACUAGACGAGAUUCAAUUAUGAAACCAAUCCCAGAGUUCUUAAUUCCGAAGAGAAAAGUAUUCCAGGAGACAAUUUGUGAGACAUUGCCAGAAAAACGUUGUCAAUUCCAAGAGACCAAGGAAACAAAAGAAAACAGAAAACGUCAAUGCAAGAUGUGGAGAGAAUACAUCGAAAAUCAUGGAACCUUAUUAGCCAUAUUAACCGCUCCAUCUGAAAUGUCUACAUCUGCUAUUACCCUCUCCCUUAAAUAAAUAUACGAGAAUGCAAGAUAAGGUUGUUUCACUUU